AUGGCUACUGAACAAGACAGCGAGACGUCCAAUGGCACCGCCACACCAGAGACCAACGGCACACACACUCCGACCACGCCAAAGCCCAAACACACAGCAUUGGCAUUGACGGAGUACUCGGCAAACCCAUCGCCUCCCCCGAAGACACCAAAUGAGAAGCCACUUCACGCUGGUGUUCCUGGGCAUCUCCUAUUGCCAAAUGGCCACCCUGAUUACAUCCGAUUGAUCACCACUGCAAAGGUAUACGAUGUGGUCGAACAAACUCAGCUGUCUCACGCCGUCAACCUGAGCAACCGAUUGGAGACAACAGUCAUGCUGAAGCGAGAGGAUCUGCUUCCCGUCUUCUCCUUCAAGCUCCGAGGUGCUUAUAACAAGAUGGCUCAUUUGAGCCAACAAGAACGAUGGAAGGGCGUCAUUGCGUGCUCUGCUGGCAACCAUGCCCAAGGUGUUGCAUUCUCCGCUCGAAAGCUCCAAAUCCCCGCCACCAUCAUCAUGCCAUUAGGCACACCCGCAAUCAAGCACCAGAACGUGUCCCGACUAGGUGGAAACGUAGUCCUGCAUGGAGCUGAUUUCGACGAGGCCAAGGCUGAAUGCAACCGGAGGGCAGUGGCUAACGGCCUGACCAUUAUCCCUCCCUUCGAUGAGCCCUAUGUCAUUGCCGGCCAGGGGACUAUUGGCGCAGAGAUUAUUCGUCAAGCGGAUCUUGACAAGCUGGAAGCAAUCUUCUGCUGCGUUGGUGGUGGAGGUCUCAUCGCUGGAACAGGUGCCUACAUCAAGCGCUUUGCGCCACAUGUCAAGAUCAUCGGCGUUGAGACAUAUGACGCGAAUGCUCUGGUCCAGUCACUGAAGCUCGGCAAGCGCGUCACGCUGCCAGAGGUCGGUCUAUUCGCUGAUGGUGCAGCUGUCAAGACUGUGGGCGAGGAGACGUUCCGCAUCUGCCAGGACGUUGUGGACCAUGUCAUCCAGGUCGACACUGAUGAUAUCUGCGCCGCCAUUAAGGACGUGUUCGAAGACACACGAUCUAUAUUGGAGCCAGCUGGAGCACUCUCCUUGGCAGGACUCAAGAAGUAUGUGGCUGCCAACCCAUCGUCAGAUACUCGCCGACAGCUUGUUGCGGUCGCUAGUGGAGCCAACAUGAAUUUCGACCGCCUACGUUUCGUCGCCGAACGUGCAGCUAUCGGAGAGAGGAAGGAAGCACUACUAUCUGUUACCAUCCCAGAGCGUCCUGGAUCUUUUGCCAAGCUGGUCGAAACAGUCAACUCGAUGGUAGUGACCGAGUUCUGCUAUCGAUACGCCACCGAAUCUGCUGCCAAUGUCCUCAUCGGUAUCCAAUGUUCAGCCACAACUAGAACUCGCGAUGUCCAAGAUCUCAUUCAGCGUCUUGAGAAGGAGGGCAUGGCCGCACGCGAUAUCAGUGCAGACGAGCUAGCUAAAGGCCACAUCCGCUACUUGGUGGGUGGUCGAAGCAAUGCUGAGCACGAGAGACUAUUCGCUUUCGAAUUCCCAGAAAGAGGCGGUGCGCUCUACAAAUUUUUGACGACUCUACAGCCUGGCUACAACAUAAGCCUCUUCCACUACAGGAACUAUGGCGGUGACAUCGGCAAAGUCCUUGCUGGUAUACAAUGCCCGCCUGGCGAAGAGUCAGGGUUGGAGCAAUUUUUGCGCGAGUUGGGCUAUGGCUACACCGAGGAGACGGACAAUGAAACGUACAAGAUGUUCAUGCGACCGUGA